AUGCAGGUCGCAAUCAUCACAGGCGGUGGCGCUGGCAUGGGGUUUGCAGUCGCUCAACGUCUAGCCCAAGAGGGCUGGUUCACUGUCAUCGUCGACGUCAACGAAUACCAGGGCCAAAAGACAGUCGAGAAGCUGGGGAACAAUGCAGUUUUCAAGAAGGCCAACGUAACCAUCUAUUCGGAACAGUCCAGUGUCUUUGAGGAGACCUUUAUCGAGUAUGGCCGAGUUGACUUUGUCUUUGCCAAUGCUGGGAUUGCUGGAAAAGCAGACUUCUAUGAUAUCGUCAACUAUUGGCCUCCAGCAGCACCGUCGAUGACUGUGCAAGAUGUCAACCUCACCGGGGUAGUCUACUCAGCGUAUCUAGCGAUGCAUUACAUGCGCCGCAACACAAAACCUGGGGGCGUGCUGGUCAUGACCGCAUCUGCUGCAUCGAUUUACUCAUCACCCGACCUGCCAUUGUAUACGGCUGCUAAACACGGCGUUCUUGGCUUGAUGCGUUCGAUGAGCGAGCGUCUUCGACAGGAUGGCAUUCGGGUCAACUGCAUACUGCCUGGCGCUAUACGCACAACACUCCAUUCGGCCGACACGUGGUCUCAGUUUGGUACCCGGGACUUCACACCAAUCGAAGAGGUUGUCGGUGCAAUCAUGGAUCUUGUACAUGACCCCAAUGCGACGGGCCGGGCAAUGGAAAUCAGUGCUGGAGAGGUGUUUGACCGGAAGCAACCAGAAUAUUGCAACGAUACAAUGGCAAGAAUCAUGAGGGGUAUCUCGUAUGAGGCCUCCGAAUAG